AUGGCUUCUCAGUUUGACUACAUCAUUGUGGGAGGUGGUACCUCGGGCGCAGUUAUUGCGAACCGCCUGGCUUCUGAGACCAAUGCUUCUGUGCUGGUCCUGGAAGCAGGUCGUGACGCUGACGUGGUGCCAGAUGUCCUUGUUCCCGGAAAAUAUGUCUCUCAACUCGAGAGCGACUUUGAAGGGUUGUGGCAACAUGGGACAGCACCUCAGGAACAUCUCAAUGGCCGUUCCCUGGCUUGGGUCAGUGGCCGACAGCUGGGAGGAAGCUCGGCAGUCAACUACAUGGCCAUGGCUCGAGGUCCAGCAGCGGACUAUGACGAGUGGGCGAGGAGAACUGGGGACGAUGGCUGGCUUUGGAAGAAUGUGCUGCCCAUUAUGAAGGAAAUGGAGGACUUUGAUCCAAAGGCGCCGGUGGGAUAUGAGCAUUUGGUCCAAGUCGAUGCAUCCAAUCAUGGUGUCGGUGGCCCAAUCAAAUUAGGGUUCGGCCAGGAAAUGACACCCGGUGUACCAACAUUCGUCAAAGCUUGUCAAGAGAUUGGUAUCAAUAUCUGUCACGACAUCAACUCCGGGAACCCGAUCGGUGUCGGCCUCGCUCAGACCAAUACGCGGAACGGUAUACGUUCAUACGCAGCCAAUGCCUAUCUCGACACUGGUUUCCGCUCCAGACACCAAAACCUGACGAUUCAAACAAACACCACUGUCCAGCGACUAGUGUUCAAUGAGCGAAGAGUGUGCGGCGUUGUUGUGAGCCAGCCUGGUAGUAAUGGCAAGGAGACUACAAUCUUUUGUAGCGAACAAGUUGUACUAUGCAGCGGCACAAUCGCCUCGCCUCAGAUCCUCCUGUCCUCUGGCAUUGGCCCAAAGGACACAUUGAUGGAGCUCGGGAUCGACGUCGUCCACGACGCCCCCGGGGUCGGCUGCGGCAUGCUCGACCAUAGCAUCCUGACCUUGGAAUAUAGAGUGACGGACCUGGCCAUUGACCACCGCCGCCUCUUUGACGACCGAGCCCUUCUCGAAGCUGCCGAGGCCCAAUAUCAACGGGACAGAACAGGCCCCCUCAGUGUUUUCGGCACGAGCGGCGCCGUCGCGUUUCCCAAGAUUGAAAGCCUACAGAACACACCCGAGUUUGAGGCUCUCAGUGCAGAGACCAAAAAGUAUUUGACGCACCCUCAGCGACCAUCUGCCGAAAUCUGGCUAGGCUCGGGCUAUGCAGCGUAUCAGGGACCAGUGAAACCGGGACAGGCCUUUGCAACGCAUGAACUGCUUUUGCAGAAUAACCUCUCCCGCGGCGCCGUGAGCUUGCAAAAGUCGGGAUCGGGCGUACGGGUCGUGAUUGACCCGGGCUACUUGAGCCACCCCUACGAUCAGCGGAUAGCCAUUGAAACCAUCCGGACAACGCUCUCCUUAUCCAAGGCCAAGGCUUACGAAGGCGUGAUUGAGGAAGUGGUUCACGGGCCCAAGAAUGACGACGACGAAUCAAUACUCGAUUUCGUCAAGAGUAACCUGGGCCAGGGCUUUCACAGUGUUGGAACAUGCAAAAUGGGCACCAAUCAGGACCCAAUGAACGUGGUAGAUAUUCAUUUCAACGUGAAAGGUGUUGACGGGCUCAAGGUGGCAGAUCUUUCUGUAUGCCCAAUUCUGACUUGCAAUCACACCCAAAUCAAUGCUUACUUGAUUGGGGCGAGAUGCGCAGAAUCACUCAUCAGAAGCUGCCGUGAGGGCUUGAAGGCACAGGCACCGUUGGCCAGAGUAUAG